UAUAUAUAUCACUAUAAGUAUGUUAUUAAUAUUUGUUUUUAGUUAAUGAUGUGGUUCGUUGUUUUUACAUAGAAGUGAAUUUAAAUAUAAAGUUAGAAGGCAUUAUGUGGAUAAAAAUAACAUUAAUAUAAGAAUAUGCAGACUAGCGAACAAAUGUCUGUAGUAUAUAAAGUUUAAUUUGAUGUUAUGCUACAUGAAAUGCAUGUGUAUAUGUCAUGUGCAAUGUUUGGUGGUAUUGAAAACCGAUGUUAUUGCCAUAUCUAAUCAUGUGUGAAUGUGAGUGAAUGGUGUAUUGUUGUAUGUCCCCUGCCCAUUGGCAUAAUACACCGAGAGAGCCACAGGUCCGAAGAGGAUUUGCCACAACUUGCGAAGAGGAUUUGCCACGACAGUAAUUAUGUUUGUUUUCAUAGAAUAUCCAAAAGUAUGUUUGUCAUUCUGACACACAAAAAAAAAAGUGGGGAAUGUAGUACUGAAUUUUGGAUAUUCAACAAUAAGCCCAUACACGCAAUGGGUUAACAGAUAUUUGCCUUUCCAUCAAUGGCAACUGUGAAGGUGCAAGCCUGGACAACAGUCAUCCUGCCAUAAAACAAUCCUUGUAGCUACAGUAAUGUCCAUAUCAAAGAGAUGCAAAUAACUGGACAUACUGGUGUGGGUGCAGGGAUAGCAAGAGUUCCCAAGGGAAUGACACUCUGCUGGAUCAACAAAGGGACACCUGGAGCAUUGGGUUAUGGGAUUUCUUUCACAGUGCAUCCUAACUUGAUUUCAGUCCCUUGUCUAUCUAAGAAGAGAUGAACCAUCUUCAAGAAAAGCUAACAUCGACCUGAUUGGCUGGGACUGUCUUUUGGGUGUGGCUGUUUUGGGAACAGGGUAGUAUGUUUGUUUGAAUGGUCUUCCUUAUGUGUAUAUAAAGAGCAUUGUAAAUACUUUAUUAGUUAGUCACUUUCCACUCCCUUCCAUUGCAUCCUUCCCUAUCCCUUUCUACCUCCCUCCAUGUUAGUUAGUUCCCUUUAUAUGUAAUACCUUUUAGUUCCUUUGUAAAUAAAUACCACUUAUUUAAAGAUCAGUCUGCCUCAAGUCAUUAGCCUGGCACCUCAAAAUAGAGCAGAUCCAACACAGGGUGUCCUGUAUGGACACUAAACUUGGCCCCUCCCAUGCUCCUAAAAACUCCCUCCUCUUGUGUCCUGCUGCUUCCCACCCACCAAACUUAUAUCUAGCAGUAGUUCAGGUAAGUGGGGUUCUUCAGUGUGGUUGGCAGGAUGGCUCUGUAGUGUCAAGUUACACUGCUUUAUAAUACACAAGAGCCAUGAAUAUCCUGUAAAUGAUAUUCUUAUAAACAGUGAGUCACGAAAACGGGACUCUCAACCACACAUACCUCUUAGGUUUGGCUAUAAGGGGUUAUACUCAGUCUCUCAAUCACCUUACACACAGAUUAGACUAACAUCAGACACCCCAAAACACACCAACACCCACCAAAUGAAUUCGCUGCCACCAUCUAUCAUUAACUGGCGAUAGAAACCUAAUGUGACUUUUUCCCCUGCCCUCUAUAACAGGUAAUAACUCACACUACAGAAAUGCAUCAAACACUCUCUCCUAUGGUAGUUAGGGUAAGACCCUGCUAGUUCAACAAGAACUCCAGCAGCCAAAGGGUUAAUCUACAUUCAAACACGCUUUUCUGCUAGCCGUACUAGUUAUUAAACAUAUAAACAGGCCACUUUCCCUUUACACACAUACAAAGAGUCAAUACACUUAUGAGCUAUGAGUUUGUUAGAGCACAAGGACAAAACGUAAAUGUAAAGUCAUGUACCUGGGAUGUAAAAAUAUCCAAGCCACUUAAACCCUUAAAAGAGAACUAAACCCCCUUUCUAAUUAAAACCCCUAUCCUCCAUAGCCCCCCCCCUUUGCCCCCCUGCACAGUAGUUAACACAAGUAAAUACCCCUAAAACGGUAAUUACCCCUUGUUGCAGAGUCAGCACAGUGGAGCUCACGCGGGCCAUCUUUAGCUGCUUCGCUAAUCUCAGUUUAGUUCUCCUUUAAGGGGAUCUUAGGUAUGAGGAAAGACUGGCCAAAUUGGGUUGAUCCCACUGGAAAAGAGGCUCUUAUGGGGUGAUGUAACUAUGUAUAAAUAUAUAAGGGGAUCAUAUAAUAAUCUCUCUAAUGUUUUAUUUACCAGUAGGUCUUUCCAGCUGACACAAGGUCAUCCAUUCAGAUUAGAAGAAAGGAGGUUCUGCCUAAAUAUUCUGAAGGGGUUUUUUACAGUGAGAGCUGUGAAGAUGAGGAAUUCUCUCCCUGAAUCAGUUGUACUGGCUGACAUUAGAUAGCAUUAAGGGACUAGUCUGACUGACAUUUUGGAGAAAGGAAUUUUUUCUGCUGUCUUUUUUCAUCCUAACUUACUAUGUAACUUUAUUUACUUUAUAUAGUAUACAUAAAUAGUGGCAAGUUACUUCCAAGAACAAUAUCUCUACAUCCUACAAGGUAAAUACAUUAUACUGUGAAAGGCAAAGGGUGCUGACACCCUAAAUACAUUAAAAUGGCAUAGAGUGUAGUAUAGUUUUGAAAAAAAAAACAUCUAAAAUUGUGACAGUAUUUCUUGAAGGUACAUUAUAACAUAUGCAUUUGUAUUAUGCUAUGAUACCUUUUUUUUUUUCUCGAAAAGGUGAUCUGCGUCACAGCAUUUUGAAGAAAGGGUUGAUCUAUAUGAAUGUAGGAUGCCGAAAAGCAGUGGGAAGAUAAUUUCCUGUGCUAACCUUAUUUCCUUUGUUCACAAACCAUAUUUUCAUGAAUGGGUGGAGACAGUGCUGGGUCUUCCUGUGCAGAUCACGAAUACACAACAGAAAUACAUAUUACAUUUAAUUUCACAUACUGCUUCAGGUAUGUCAGACUUUCUUCAACCCAUCAAUUAUGAAAUGCAAGCAUGCAUUGUGGAGUUUAUGGAACCAAGUGAAGUUGUAUUAAUGAAACCUGUUCAAAUGAAGAUGAAAACAAAAUCUGAAGAUCUUGUUUUGGUAUUGACACCUUGGAGAGCAUUUUUACUAUAUUUGGAACAUCCCCUUAGGGUGCAAGUAACUUUCAGCUACCUGGAAAUAAGUGACAUUGAUAUGCAAGACCACAAUCUUGUAGUGAUACAUACAGAUACUCAUUUGUAUCAGUUUAGAUUCCUGUCUUCUGAAGACCUUGAGCAAGUAAUUUUUCAUGUUGCUACUUCCAUUAAAAAAGUAUUUCCAGAUUCUUCACCUGGAAAACUGAUCAGAAUAACUUGUCCUGAUCAUCAAGAGAAAUACAAAGCAAUUGAAGACUAUCUAGAAGACAUUACACAAAAUAACCAAGGACCAUGCGGUGGUUUUUCUCAGACAUAUGCUGCUUUAUGCGAUUACAAUGGGUUUGUGCUACGAGAAGAGGUUCAGUGGGAUGUGGACAACAUAUAUCACAAACAGAACAUCAAAGAAUUUAAUAUACUGGAUUUCAGUUACCUAGAUACUAGUGACAUAGCCCUGACUGUGGCCUCUUUAUCAUUUAACCAAUGGUUUACAAAAAUUCAAUGCAAAGACUUCAAAUUGAGGCUUGAGAUUUCAGAACAAAUUUUAUAUGUGAUCAAUAGGUCCCUGAAAUUGGAAGAGCUUGUGUUGGAAAACUGUGGUCUGAAAUGGGAAUUUGCUAUCAAGAUGGCUAAAGCAUUGGAUAACAACCCUAGUUCUGUUCUUCACACCAUUAAUCUUUCAGGAAAUCAUUUAGAAGACAGAGGGAUAACUGCAUUCACCCAUCAUUUUAAGAAAAAUCAGAAACCAGUAAAACAUCUUAAUUUUUCUAAAACAUCGAUAACAUCAAAAGGCAAGAGAUAAGUCCUGGUUUUAUUGUUUUUCUGUACUGUCUUUACCUUUGCUAUACACUCCAGUAGUUAUAGAAGCCCUAUAACUUUGGAAUACGUCAUACACAGAUUCUUUAGAGACACCAAAUACAGAGUGAUCUGAUGUAAUGUACAGUCAUAUGAAAAGGUUUACUCUACUUUCAACAAAAAAGAUAACAGUGGUAUGU